GAGCGCAGACUAUUUAGGCGAAAGCGCGAGGAGGGGGGGAGCGCGGGGCAGGAGUACCUCCGCCAAGAAAAUUAUGCAUGCGUUAGGGAAGCUCUGAGAGAAUGGCUGUGGAAGCUCUCCACUGUGGUUUGAAUCCACGGGGUAUUGAUCACCCUCCCCAUACUGAAGGUAUUAAACUGCAGAUUGAAGGUGAAGGUGUUGAGACUCAGUCCAUUAAAAACAAAAAUUUCCAGAAGGUGCUUGACCAAAAAGGAACUCCUAGACGACUCCAUGCAGAAGUCGAGACGACAAAGUCCACUACGGUGAAGCUGUCAAAACCAGUGGCUCUGUGGACUCAGCAGGAUGUCUGCAAGUGGUUGAAGAAACAUUGUCCGAAUCAGUAUCAGAUCUACAGUGAGUCAUUCAAACAGCAUGACAUAACUGGGCGAGCCCUGCUGAGACUUACUGACAAAAAGCUUGAGAGAAUGGGGAUCGCACAGGAGAACCUCCGGCAGCACAUCUUACAACAGGUGCUCCAGCUGAAGGUGCGAGAAGAAGUCAGAAACCUACAGUUGCUCACACAAGCCUCAACUGAGGGGUCUCCAUGAAUGUGGUUAGCCUUCCAAGCUGCUGUCCUGCCAGUCGAUAAGAAUAUGGCCUGACCCUCACAGAAGACUCACUCGUGGCACUGCUGAGAGAUAUCCUUGGAGCACUGACAGAUUAACCAGAUUACUAAAAAAAAACACCCCUUUUCUGUCAAGAGGAUGGGCUUUGGAAAAACCUUAGUUUGCUGUGGAUUUUUAAAUGAGGUGCAUAAUAUACAGUGCCAACUCGUUCCAAGCGGUCAUUGGUAGACCAUUAGCUGGAAAAUUGCUUCCAGUUUUCAUCACUGUGCAUAACUCCAGCUCCCUUUGGGGAGCUGUCUGUACCCUUCACUAGAAGUCCUGUUUAGCAUGGCAACUACUGGAUUAUUUUAUUAUGUGUGCAGAUGGCAUGAUGUGUUAGGGGAAAAAAAUCCCAGCAGUUCUGCAGUCUCAGUGGAAGUGUUCACCAUAGUCUGUCCUGGUAGGAAUGUAAACAUGUCUCAGUUAUGUUAGUUAUGAUGUCUGAAGGUGUCCUGUCCAACUCUUAAGCACUUUAUAGAAGAACAUUACGCAGAAAUGAAUCAGCACGUUUGGUACAUGUGAGAAAGUGUUUUUUCUUUUAUAAUCUUGUCCUAUUUCUGGCGCAGACUGUCUAAAACAAACUCUCCUAUUAGCAUACCCUGUCAUCAGUGGUAGAUUGGUGUAAAUAUGGCCACAAUACUGUUAGACUUACCCUCUUGACACUUUAUAGGGCAAAUGGAUUGCCUAUCGCACCAAAGGGGAGCAGAAGUGGGACUAGGGGGUUGAAGUAGUAGUAGCUCAGCUCUGAGGUCUGUGUCUUUGGGCAUAGCUACCCCCCUCCCCCCCCACACACACACACAAACUCAGACCCAGGACAGUUUGGCCAAUGAGCAUCUUCUCUCACUCUGUAGUUUUCCAAAGCCGAAAGGGAGUGGCUUUCUGUAAACUAAGACCAUCUUGGGAUGAUGGUUAAGACACAGUUUCCCUAUGUGGUCCAACUCAGAUGCUUUGGAAAACUUUCUAGGUCAAACUUGAAUCACAAUUCCCUGAAAAGAAAAAGCAGCAAGUGACCCCUCAGUGUGCCCAUGAAAGGAAAAGGGUUCAGUCCCACAGUAGGUUUCUUCCUCUGUAGAGAACCUUCUGGUCCCCUUUAAUCCUCUCUGGGAUUAUGCCCACAACUAAUUAUUUUUCACCAUGUCUUACAACAAAGCACAGUCCCAGGAAACCAGUCAGUCCAAUUACUACUUGUCAUUAGGCAUUAGAAAAAUAAAUGCCCUUUUUGACUGACCCUACAUAACAUGUUAGCUUUUCCCCCCCUGGAAGUAUAAAGUUGGCUGCAUCAGAAACUCAGCAGAGUAUGUUCUUUGGUGGAGGAUGACGGGUCCUGGAAGCUUGUCCUUAAAACUCGUAACAACUCUGGGACCCUGCCCACCUGACUCAGAUUGGAGUUCUCAGGGUCUCCUGACACCCUCAGUGUCUACUCUCCCCACAACUUGCCUCCCUGAGGGGGUCUCAGGAAGUACAGUCUUCUGAAAAUGCAUCUGCCUGAGAUUUGGAAACUCCACAGGAAGGGAAACAGAGAUCCAAAUGUGACUGGUGACUCACCCAGUCACUGACUCACCAGCAGCCAGUUAGGCUGUCGGCCAACAAAGGGGCUUCCCAGUGGGAACUGGGAGAGGUGCCAUCACCCCCAUGAUCUGGUCCUUACACGGGUCAGUGCUGGCACCAUCUGGUCCUCAGCAGAAUCCAAAAUCAAAAGGCUCACCCCUUGCCACCAGGCCCCAGCCAUCACAUCCUGAUCUGCACUGCUCACCACCUCAGCUUCAAUUCCAAUCCCACCUCCUUGUUCCUUCCUUUACUCAGCAAGCACAGGUGAGCACCUACUGUACAGGGCAUGUACUAUGUGUAGGGCAUCGUGCAAGGGUAACAGCAAGGUACAGGGCAGCCUCUCCCUCCCUUGUGCAGAGACAGCUCCUCCUCCCGCCACUAUCUCCACCCGACUUUCCAGAAGGAAAAUUGAGUGCAGAGGCAUCCACACUGCAGAGUAACCUGAGCCGUGGCUGAGGCAGCGGGCACUUCCCUCACCUGAGGGCAAGUACAGCGUCAGAACACAUUUGCAGCCCUCGUGGAGAGCUUGCCCACGAGGCUUUGCUUUAGAGCUUCCCAAAGCAGCUCUCACUUGCUUUCUGGAGAGCUGUUCUGGUGACCUCUAUUCCCAUCCUUUACACAGAUAAAACUGUUCAUCAUUAUACUGGUCUCUCUCAAGCUCCAGAUCUAUAAUCCAGGGGACACAGAAUUGGACCUGAUGAGCCCUAAGCACGACCGCCAGGUGCAGAGAUAGUGUGGCUCGAGUAAAUGGGCUUGGCCCGGGCCGUUCUGAGACUGCUGCAGAUGCCCUUGAAAACUGGGCCCGCUUUAUGGUGCAGAUGUUCAUUAAAUGAUGCUAGUUCAUCCUCCCUUCUUUUGGCUUUUGUAGAACAGAUUCUCAACAAGGGAAUGAGUCUCUUGCUGGAAAAUGCAUUAAAGGUGCUGGGUAAAGGUAGAGACAAGGCAAUUCAAGAGCCCAGUAGAAACAGGAUUGGUGUCUCGAAAAAUGCCUUAAUUCCCAGCAUGCCUCCCAUGUUUUCAUAUGAACUAGAACUGUGUCCCAGUCGACCUCAGUUUGAAACCACUGGGGGAUAGUUUUGGAAACAGGGUGGCAAAAAACCGUAGCAAUCACAAGCUCAGCCAGCGUGGUGGAGACCUGGCUUCACUGGCACCCUACAAGGCUUUGCUACGAUGCCAUGAUCGCAGCCACCGCUGUGCCCACGGCUUCCACCUUGCAGCAUGCACCGCCCCCACCCCAGUUUCCCAAAAUGCAGGUGGGAAAUGUUACCUCCGGGAAGUCCAGAAAGGCCUGUGGGGAGUUUUCUUUGGCAGGAAUCAGGAGAUGGCGAGGGCGUCAUAAAUAUUGUCAUGUCUAAAGGGUGUCAACUGUUGAUGCCUCACUUUUCCGUCUCCUUCAACCUGCUGUACCUUUUAUUCAAAAGCUGACACCCACAUUUGUGCAGCAAAGGCACUCUGGGGAAUGAACAGAAUGAAUAAUUCUCACGCUCUCUGGGUGUCAGGGGGUUAGUGUGUUCUAGCUCCAAAACUCAAUCUAAAUAUGCAGAACUCCCUGGUUCUGCCUAGGUAGAAAGCAAGUGACACCAUUAACUGCAGACAACUCCGGCGAGAGAGCCCUUUCCUCUUUCUUUGUGGGUAACAGCAGACCUACAAGUUCCCGCUUGGGCUCAGUGAGCCCCCUCACCGCACACUUUUCCUUCUACCUCCAGAAUACGGGUAUCCCCCCCGGCUUUCUCUCCAGAGUCGCUUCUCAGUUGCCAAACAGAGGCUGAUCGUCCUGAGUUGGGAGGGAAUUCUGCCAUUGUCAGUAUUCCAGGGGGAGAGAAUAUCAACCUGACAAGAGAACAUAAACUGAAGAGAAAAACCUCCAAUGGAGUUACGCCCCUUGUUACUUGCAAUUGCUCUCUUUGUCUGCAAAUGUCACAUAAUUGAUUUGAGAAGGGAACAAUAUGAGUCUCAUGGAAGAAAAGUUUUCAAGGCCCCUCAGCACUUUAGCUUUACCAAAACCUCCUCUUGUCAGCACAUUAUCAGCUUCGUUCUUUGUGAUGUUUCCCUCUCUGUUCUUUAGAGUAAUUUUCUUACUUGACAACUAGACUUAAAACUGGCGUAGACUCCUUAAAAAUCUAAUCUUUGAAAAUGGCAUACAUUUCUUUAUGCCUUAAAAGCUGUUUUUAUUCACCUCUCUCUUCCCCUCAUUCUUGCUUUGUUUCAUGUUUUUCUUCCCUUUAAUCUCUUUCUUAACAGUUCUGUGAGUAGAGCUCAAGUAUUCUGUGAAUAACGCCAAGAGAAAAACAUAGUCACAUGCCAUUUGCCACAGGACUGACUGCUAAUUCCUUUGUAAGUUUGACUUGGUGAAAUCUUGCUGCCCACACAGCUGUGGGCCAUGGAUUCUCACCUCCAGGGAGCAACUGGUCAGAGCCACUGAUCAAAGUGGCCGAUGAAGAACAGACCGGAGGUGCUUCCCUGCAGGGUGCAGCUGGAAACCCUGUGUCAAAGGCGAGCAGGUCCUACCCUCUGUCUCCUUAGCUCUGCGUUGAGUCCUGUAGCCAGGGAAACUGUCGUAUGAACCCAGCUUCAUCACAUGCAGGAGUCCCAACCCAGCUUCAUCACAUGCAGGAUUCCCGGCAUCACUGCACAGGUCAAGGUCAAAAGGUUGCCUUUCCACUAUAUACUUUUGAAAGCUGUGGGAACUGGAGGGAGAGUUGGCCAAGUGCAGGAGAUUCUAGCCCAUCUUAAUAGCAAGAACAAAAUAGACCCUUCUCUUGAGAAUUUCAUUUGGGAAGAUGGCCAGGGGGAUGGGUCAGGACUGGUUUUCUUUGGCCUAUCGUCUUGGUCCUGCCAGGAAUAUAUUGGGAAAGGCAGGGCAAGCACUGUUUCUAAGAUCUGAAGAUUUGAGAGUGAGAUUCACCCUCAAAUGGAAAGGGUGGGAGCCAUCAAGGAUGGGGUCAAUUUUAGACCCCUACCCACUAGGAGAAAGACUGGAAAAUGACUUCCACAAAAUAGCAAUGAGACUAGAAAACUGGAGUUUCACUCAGCAGUAUUUUAAACAUCUUGAAGACCCCAAGCAUUUGACUUCUGCUCUCUCUUCCGCAAUCCCCAUCAGAAUCAAACAGAGGCACCAACAACAUCCAUUUAAGAAAUGCCCAAGUAAGCCCUGACUUGCAUUGAAUUGCAGUCAUGGUGGCAACAUGUUGGGUCGCCAGUAUUUAGGCAUAAUUUCUGAUUCUGUAAUAUUCCUUUUUAUCUUUUUCAUUUAAUUGUUUGCUUUGUUGUUGUUUUCCAAAUGGCAAACAUUUCCAGGAGCCUUAGAAAUGCUCUUAAACCCAGUCCUUUUUGAGUAAUGUGCAAAAUGAUACAAGCAGCUGUGAACGAUAAGGAGAAAAUUAAUCUGAUGUUGGAGAUAUUAAUACCUAAAACAAUUCAAACCCUGAAGGCUGUGUGGGUUACCUUCUGCAAUGUUUAUAACCUUGUAAAUGUGGAUCAAAGGGCAUCAGUGGGUUGCUUUCGCAUGGCUUUGCCACAUCAGCACACACACAGUGACCCAAUGUGGGAUUCCACCCGGGCCCCCUGUGCCAGCAGCAUGGGGAUCUGUUUUGUGGGAGAGUAUAUAAUCCCCACCACCCCCAGGUCCUAUUAAAUGUGUUCAAAUGCUUUUUUAAAAUUCUCCAAUGAAAUUCUUAUUGGAUCAUUAUUUCGCUCACCUUGGGGGGAUGGAUUUUGUGACAUAACUUUGAAGUAAAAUUUUCUUGUCAUUAAAUUCCUGAGCGUCUGGUUAGAUGAUGGCCUCCAUCUAAAGUAGCACCACCGAGGCUAUGCAACACCUUUGAAAGCUCUCUGCUGCUCCCCCUAGUCGAGCAUAAUACCAAAAAAAAAAAAAUAUGAUUUGGAUUGAGCACUACCAUGGUUCUUGAGGACAGGAUUCCUUACAUCAAUUCUAGCUCCAGUAUUUUUUUAAAACCACAACCAACUGCAUUUAGUAUGUUUGCAUUAGAGGCUGCCUGCGGAGUCUGACAAUGUGUGAUGACCCCUCUGUCUCAUUCCCCUGCAGUCCAGUUGAGAGAAAUCCAGAAUAUGUUUCCUCACAUCUGAGCUACAGAGGUCUGGAAAUGCAUAAACUAGCUUUUCUUGCACUUAAAAAGACUUUGGUUAUUAGUGGAAACUCAAAAAAAAAAAUGUGUCUGAGAGGGACAGGAGAUGGGGGGGAGGGUUUCAUAUUUGAAUCGUGGACCCUUUGACCCUCUUUGUUCUUCAAUUCUCCUCCUGCCCAAGGGCAGCGAUCAGCUAUCAUCUCUUCAGUAAGUGUUGGGAGUAGUUGGUUUCCACUCACAUUUAAUCAUUUGACAGCUCUCCGGGCCUCUGAACAGUCUCUCCACCAAUAUCUCUCCUCCCCCACUAGGGAAAAGCUGUCCUUACAAGCCAUCCUCAAGAGACGUUGGCUAGUGGCAGAAGCUCCCAUCACAGAGAACUGAAUAAUGUGGGUUCUUGACUUUGCUCGGCAUCUCAGUCCUGACCAGCAUCAAAGCAACGAGUCUGCUGAGAGGCGCAGCCAGCACAAAUGUUUUGAAAUAAUUGCACCCAAACUCAGUGACACUACAUCAUCCCACUGUAGUUCCAGUUAAUCCACCUAUUUAAUAUCAUUAGGCACUAAAUUAAAUAGCUGCACACAAAAUUUUAAGAAGGAUCAAUAUUGUAACAAAAUUACGUAUUAGCAGUAAAAAGUACCUGAGAAAAGAAAGCAUUGAUCUGUGGUGUUUUAUGGACUUGAAUUAUUCUUAGAACUUAGUGGAGACUGGUGCUGUUCUGACAAAGGGGGAAAGAUGCUUUGAAUUCAAGAAUAUAGGGCAAACAGAAAUGGUCCCUCUGCUCAUCUGUUAGGGAUUUGACCUCUCCACCUUAGCAGAUAGGGAGACUUGGAAGUCACCAUGAGCUAAGGGGUAGAGCUCUCCCUAACUAGCAAUAUCUGUGUGCUGAAAGCGAGCUGGACUACACACUUGAAAAGUCAAUAAGCUCUUUCUCUUUAUGCCAUCUCCUAGCUGUUUUUACAGAGACGCCAUUCUAGGACUUAGAAAAGGAAAACUGAUAAGAAAAUAAAAACAACAGGCCAGUUUAUCUCUACUUCUCCACCCCAGAUGUCAGGAACAUGGUGACCACCCCAUCUUGAGGCAGAGAGCCUGGGGCUUGGCUUAGUGCAGGCAAACACUGCCAAUCCCAGGAAGGAGAAGACCAAGGAAGUGUGACCUUGAUAAAUCCAAGGUCACUGCAAGCAGGGAACCACAUCACACUUCCCUGAUGAGCUACUUACUGUCUGUUCUCGGGAAAAAAGAGGAAGAAAAAUCACACAAUGUGAAUCAGAGGGAGGACCAGUGUUCUUAGUAAGGUAGGAGGGGAACAAACCUGAUAAAAAAGGGUUCACUUUUUCCACAAACACUACCCCUCGUGGCUAAGAGGCAUAUGUCCUACGCCCAGGCCUACACAGAUGGCAGACAUUUUUACAGCUUCUUUCGUUAACCAGCAUUCUGAAAUCUCUCAGUCCCUCAGGAGUAGUUAAGUAUUUCCCUUAUUCAUUACCCACAACUGUGGUUUUUUUCUCUAUGCACCCAAGGAAAAACUCCCAGAAUUAGACUUAGGACACAGCAAGUUACAUGGUAAAAUAAGAGUGCCUUUUCUGUUGGGUGUCCAUUCAGUUCCCAGGGUUCCCCGGGCAUACGAUGUUUAGAAACUUUUUUUUCUCUAAACAUAAGAAUUAGUGUGCACAACAAUUUUCAGCCACCAAUUUCCAUAUCUUAAGCAGCUAUCAACUUGCCAGUUCCCUUUGGGUCUCCUUUAUAUUCUCUUACAAUGUCUCCUUCUGUUUUGGGUUGUCAUCAAAAAGAGUUGGGGGCACGAUCCUUUUUAAAUUGAUAGAAAUGAAACUGUACAGAUUUUUGCCCCCUCGUAUCAGUGAGCAUGAUCUCUAUCAAGCUUGAAAAUCUGCUUUAUCAUUUUGUAUAUUUGACUAUUUUGUAUUCAGCAUUACUUGAUUCCUUAUGUGCAUGGCAAUGUAUUAAAAUGUGGGAUUUCUAUUACCGUGUAAAAGUGUUUUGAUUCUG